AUGAAUAAUACGGAAAUUCAAGAUCUACUUAACCUACCGGACCCGGACUCGGCACCCAGGAUUGCUAUUGCAGUGAACAGUCCGGCCUCCGCUCACGCUGAUAUCCCUGAAAAGACAUCAAGUAUUGACGUUUGGAGCCCACUACAGGAGCUCAGUGGGGUGGUGAAGCUCACGAGUAGGGUACCACUUACUAUAGAACAUAUUCAGAUUACUUUUGAAGGGGAAUCCCGAGUUCAUACUCAAAGCGUCAGAAAGGAUGAUCAAAGAAGAACUAUAACCCGGAAGUCAACAUAUAAAUUUUUGACUCAAUCACUUGACCUGGAUGACUUUGAAAUAUCAAACGACACACGCGCGGAAGUUUAUGUUUAUUCCUCUCCGUUUCGUUUCAUCAUUUCCAAAUGGGCGACACCAAGAAGCGGUAGUGCCCCGAGGCAAUGUCUUUCCCUUCCACCGACCUUUCGUCACGGACCUACUUUGACGGAUGAUGCGGGCGCCACUUCCUACGCUCAACCUCAAAUCGAAUACAAUCUGAAAGUGGUGGCCGCUCUCACCGACUCGCAAGCGACGGAAGGGACGAUCAAAUUGCGCCAACAACUAGAGAUACCCAUUCGUCCCGCCCCUGAAGUAUUCCCUCCAUGCGACACUGGGGACUGGCUCAAUGAUUUUAUCGUCAAGCAAAGCCAUCCAUUUCGCGCAUCAACUUUCAGCUUCCAAAAAUACACGAUGGUUGUUGCAGCCCAGGAGCCUGCCCCCGUAAUGAUGGUUGAUGAUCAUCCAUUCGGGACCACCGAAGUAACAAUUCGGUUCAAUGUCACGGCAUCCAUAAGCAACGCCGAUACUCAGGGGCUCGUUGCGCUUCUGCAGAGAAUCAGUUUCAGAAUCAUUCCUGGGCUGCGAGCGAAAACGUUUUAUUCUACUCGACCAUUCCCGAAGCUCCCUGCACAAUCUAUUCUGACGGCGAAUGACCCGCAUCGACUUCAUGACCAGGUCUUGAAGUUGGAGCAGGUCAAUCGAUCCUUGACCUCUUGGCGCCUUAUGGAGUCUAAUGCUGUGCCAUCAAGUGACGAAAGAUGCACCCUUGGGUCAACAGUCGGACACAAAACCCGCCCCACAAAGACCCGUCCAACGCAAGAAGUAGUGUGGCAGAGCAGUAUCUCCUUCACCGUCAAGGUAUCCAGCGACAUCACACCGACGUUUUGCAGCGCUAUCGCAGCCAGGCAAUAUAGCCUCAUCAUCCUGCUGGAAGCCACUGGUAUUAGCGUUGGAAAAUUUGUUCUGGAAGUGCCAAUUCAGCUCGUGUCGGCUCCGACUGCUUCAAACCAGCCUCAGUCCAUUGAAUUAGGAGAUGGGCCUUUCGACGCCUCCGAGCCUGAUCAUUUCCAGCUCGACGAGGCCACGUGGAAAACAGCCUGGGAUGAUCCUCCGCCAAAGUAUAUGUAG